UCGCGCCGGUCUCGCGCCCGCCCGCUGGGCUGCGCGGACAGCGGUGCGGGAGGGAGUCGCUGACGGGCACGCUGACUGGUGGCUGGCGGACGGGCGACAGCGACCUGCGGCAGGGUGGCGCCUGAAUGACUCACUGUGUGGCCACUCCCUUGAAUGAUGGCUAGGCCACAGAGAUGGAUGCAGGUCACCUCCCCUGGCCCCUGUGUUGAAUGUGCUAACCAAGCCUUCCCAGGAGCCUCCUCUGUCCCCAGACCCCAGCUCUGCACAGAUGGACCAGAGGAGCGAUAGCAGCAAGAACCACAGCCAGCAGCAAUGUCUGUGGAAGUGGAGACCUCAGAGGGGGUAGACGAGUCAGAGAAGAACCCUGGGGCCUUAGAAAAGGAGAACCACACCAGAAUGGUCGACCUCUCCGAGCUCCUGAAAGAAGGGACCAGGGAAGCACACGACCGGGCAGAAAACACCCAAUUUGUCAAGGACUUCUUGAAGGGCAACAUUAAGAAGGAGCUGUUUAAGCUGGCCACCACUGCACUUUACUUCACAUACUCAGCCCUCGAGGAGGAAAUGGAACGCAACAAGGACCACCCAGCCUUUGCCCCCUUGUACUUUCCCACGGAGCUGCACCGGAAGGAGGCACUGACCAAGGACAUGGGGUAUUUCUUUGGUGAAAACUGGGAGGAGCAGGUGCAGUGCUCCGAGGCUGCCCAAAAGUACGUGGAGCGGAUCCGCUAUAUAGGGCAGAACGAGCCAGAGCUACUGGUGGCCCAUGCGUAUACCCGCUACAUGGGGGACCUCUCGGGGGGCCAGGUGCUGAAGAAGGUGGCCCAGCGUGCACUGAAACUCCCCAGCACUGGGGAAGGGACCCAGUUCUACCUGUUUGAGAAUGUGGACAAUGCACAGCAGUUCAAGCAGCUCUACCGGGCCAGGAUGAAUACCCUGGACCUGAACAUGAAGACCAAAGAGAGGAUCGUGGAGGAGGCCAACAAGGCCUUUGAGUACAACAUGCAGAUAUUCAACGAACUGGACCAGGCCCGCUCCAUGCUGGCCACAGAGACCUUGAAGGAUGGGUUCCCUGUACACGAUGGGAAAGGAGACAUGCGUAAAUGCCCUUUCUACGCUGCUGAACAAGACAAAGGUGCCCUUGAGGCCAGCAGCUGUCCCUUCCGAACAGCCAUGGCUGUGCUGAGGAAGCCCAGCCUCCAGUUCAUCCUGGCCACUGGUGUGGCCCUGGCUGCUGGAUUCUUGGCCUGGUACUACCUGUGAAGGACCCAUCAUGCCACUCCGAUACCCUCCUCCCGACCAACCACUGGCCUACCCCUUUCUUCACCCUUGACUAAACUACCACCUCAGGUGACUUUUUAAAAAAUGCUGGGUUUGAGAAAGCAGGCGACCAAUAAAAGCCAGAUGCUACAGCCUCUGCCUGACAGCAUCCUCUCUAUGGGCCAGAUUCUGCACUGGGCACAGGAAGGCUGUCACCCUGGGAGCAGCUGGCACGGUGCAGCAGGCCUGGCCCCCUGACCCAGCUCUACUGCAGCCUCCCACACCUCUGGGCCAUAGGCUGCUUCCGGUAGUCCCUAUUUUUGCAGUAUGUGGAUGACUAUCUCCCCCUGCUGGAGUUGAGCGGCUGGUAAGCCCAGGCUGUGGGAGGGGGCCUUGCUGGAUGCUACUGUUCAACUUCUGGGCCUCUCUUGGACCCUGGAGGUGAGGGUGGGUGUGGGCGGAAGCCUCAGAGGCCUUGGGAGCUUAUCCUUCUUACCCAGAAUCCCUCUAACCCCUUGGGUGAGGUCUUCGCAACCCCAGCCUCUCUCUUCCUCCGCCCUGUGUAAAGGCUCCAGCACUCAAUAAAGUGGGCUCUGCAAACU